AUGGACUAUAUUUCGCAAAUCAUUCAUAAAGAGCAGGCAGAGUUACAGCAACAAGAAGAUGCGUAUCGCUCACAAAAUGCAGAGGGCAGCCACAACUUUGGUAGACCAUACUUGGAUAUAACCAGGGACCAGCUGGAACAUUUACGUCCAAUUCACUUUACUUGGAAGCAAAUUGCCAAAUUACUGAAUGUCAGUUAUUCCACAGUCAAGCGACGAAGAAAAGAAUACGGAAGAAGAGAGCGAUUUAGCAGCGUUACAGAUGAUGAACUUGAUGCUAUCUACGCCAAUUUGACAAGCCAAGAAGGGUCAAAUUUAGGGACACCAAAUCUUGGCAGGCGACAAUUUAUGGGUGCCUUAAGGAGUCGUGCGAUAAGGGUACAGCGUUGUCGGGUAAGCGAAUGCAUACGCCGAGUUGAUCCGAUCGGCUGUGCAUUGCGGUGGCGAUUGGUGAUACAUCGCCGCAAAUACUUUGUCCCAACGCCUAAUAGUCUUUGGCACAUAGACUCGGCCCACAAAUUAAUCAGAUGGAAGUUCGUUGUUCAUGUAGCUAUUGAUUGUAAAACCAGAGUGAUUAUUUACUGCAAAUGUGAAAACAAUAGCAAGGCAGAAACAGUUCUUGCAUUGUUUGAGGACGGAGUUUCACGAUGGGGUUUGCCAUCCCGUUUCAGAAGUGAUCAUGGCAUGGAAAACUAUCUUGUGGGAAUGUAUAUGAUUGAGAACAGGGGUACCGACAGAGGAAGCAUUAUCACUGGCUCAUCAGUCCAUAACAGUCGUGAAGAACGUACACAUCGAGAUGUUUACUGUGGUGUGCUUAUAUUUUAUGCAAAAUUAUUUGAAAAAAUUGGAGCAUGAUAACAUCCUUGACCCAAUAAACGACGGAGAAUUGCUUUGCCUUCACUACAUCUUCUUACCCCGAAUCAACAAGUCACUGGAGAAAUUUGUUGCACAGAUGAAUAAUCGCCCAUUAUCAACAGAGAGAAAUCUGUCUCCAAGGCAAAUGUGGGAGCAAGGCAUACUGGAAAACAUAAAUUCAGAUCAUACAGCAAUUGAAGAUAUUGAGGGCUAUGGGAUUGAUCCAGAUGCAGCGCCAGUCUUGGAGGAUUUAGAUUAUCAAGUAAAUUUAGACCCUCCAUAUGCUCAAAUAACAGAAGCAGUUUCUCUGCUCUUGAUGGCACAGUUUCUUCUCCAGCUUUUAAAACCAUGACAUCUCUUGUUGCAGUGCUUGAAGCAAAUGGUCUACCUGGUGUUCGACCUCUUGAAGCUUUUCCUGUGAAAUUGGCAGAACUAGGCCGCCUUGUUGCAGCAAAAGCAGUUGGAAAUCGUCUUCGCAGCUCAGAUACAGCAUUCAUUGAUUGAUUGUUAUUCGUGCGAUUCAAACCAUGUCUUUGGCCAUUAUGUUGAGCAUAUGGAUGAUAACGAUUGGUGUUAUUUGUUGAUGCUGGGCGACCCGGGCCUGAGGCCUCAUGUUGCUGACCCUGUCUUGGCCUAGGCCUACUGCUGCCAACUGUGCUGUCACCUGUAACAGAAUGUGUACUUCUUGACUGUUCACGUGAAGUUGUUUCAUCGCUUCCAAUUAUUUCCAGCAACUGACUAAUGCUUUGCAUCGCUUCCUGGGCGAUUUGCCUCACAUGGGCUUGAUCGUCAGCCUUUGCUCCUGUUCUUGUUCUGUUGCGCACUUUGGCGCCAACUUCUUACAGCAUUGCA